AUGUUACUCCACCGCCUUCAUCUUCCGACACAUAUUCUGACGUUGAAUGAUCCCGUUGCGGUGGAUGUGGAUUUGUCGGACCAAAGCGUUUUGUUAGAUACUAGCAUCGGCCAAGGUCGUCCCAACCUGGGCGACAUUACUUUGAACUCCACCUUAGUCCAGAACAUUUCUCCUCGUCCUUCGAACUCAUCUCCGUCAAUUGAAGGAAAUCAUCCUACUGAGGAUGAUUUCGUAAUCUCUGAAUUAAUACUGCGAGACGCAACCGUGCGGCGCAUUUUGUUACCGAAUCUGUGUACCUUCAUAUUCACUGGAGAUCCGAAUUGGUGUGCUGUCCAAUGUGUUCUGCGCACGCAAUUGGGCUUCCUCCUGUGGCCACAACUGUCUUUAGCAGAUCUGUAUGCUUCGUUGCUGCGUUUAAACUUCCUAGCCGAAUGCAAGAACUCCACACAUCAGCGAUUGAUCAUGGACUGUUCGCAGACUCAAGCUUCGUCAGAUGGUGGAACUUUCACAGCUAUUUCCAUGUCGCGUCUUCCCGCCUGUCUGCAGCAGUUAGUAUCCUUAGACAACGAUCUACAAACGUGUGAGCUUAGCUGGCAACUCAUCAUUGACUUCCAACUUAUAGAGAGCAUCGACAACAAGUUAUUCGCCAUGAUUCACAAAAACAUGACUAAACAUACCACCGCUUAUCUGGUACGUGUAACCGAACAGCUACUGUGCACAGAUGCCUUGUGGAAAUGUGUCAGCCGAUCAGCUUCCGGGUCGGUAACCUGUGGUGUCUGGAACCCCGAACGUUUCGUUUCUGAUUUACUUCAUCGAUUACUUACUGGUGCUACUUGUUUAACAGCUGGCCCUCCUGGGCAGUUAUUUAGUCGGAUCUUGUCAGUUCUUAUCAACUGGCCCUUGCCUGAUCCAGUAUUUGAACGCGCAGUCGUCCACUGGGUGCCCCUCAUUAUUGCUGCGAUCCGUCAGACUCCACAAAACCGUUCACCGGAUAGUAUUGUGUUUCGCAUCUGGCUUGUGGUUCAAAUACUCCGAUUGCUUUCCACUUGCUGCUCGACAGAACUUGCCACGAGCACACUUUCUGAGUGUUUUCACCAGAUGUCAAACCAUUUUCCUUACGAGAACCUGACCUCUCAAGCGGUGAAUGCGAGUGCAUUCCAAUUCACACCCUUCGGUUUGAAUGACUCACCUUAA